UAGUUUUGUUCUGAGAUCGUCUUGUUCAUCAAAGAGAAGACUAACAGAGUUUUUUUUUUUUUUUUUUUCCUCGAUGCCUAGAUCAAGCAGAUGGGUCAAUCAUCGAGCUACCUCUAAGACUAAAAAAUUGAUUCUCUUCUUGCUUGUAGCCUUCGUCUUCUACCUCUACAGAUACCCUUCUUCUCCAUCCACAGUGGAACAAUCAUCCAGUUCCAUCUACAACGUUUCCGUUAAGGACAUCGAAGGGAAAGAUGUGAGUUUGAGCAAGUUCACCGGAAAAGUGCUUCUCAUCGUCAAUGUAGCCUCUAAGUGUGGUCUAACACAUGGAAACUACAAAGAAAUGAACAUUUUGUAUGCCAAGUACAAAACUCAGGGGUUUGAGAUCUUAGCAUUUCCUUGCAACCAAUUUGGUAGUCAAGAGCCAGGUAGCAACAAGGAGAUCAAGGAAACUGUUUGCAAUAUCUUCAAAGCAGAAUUCCCAAUCUUUGACAAGAUUGAAGUAAAUGGAAAGAACACUUGUCCCCUUUACAACUUCUUAAAAGAACAAAAAGGAGGAUUGUUUGGGGAUGCUAUUAAGUGGAAUUUCGCUAAAUUUCUGGUAGACAGACAAGGAAAUGUCGUGGACCGAUAUGCUCCAACUACAUCACCUCUUGAAAUUGAGAAGGACAUCGUGAAGCUAUUGGCAUCUGCUUGAACAUAAAAGUUAAAGGACAGGAAAGCAAACGCAUCGCAUCAAACAUGUCUGAGACUGAGAAUGAAAACCACUUUCUAUACUUAUUCUUUACAUGUAUGUUUAUCUAAAACCAUCCUUGGAAAAGAAGAUGCUUGUCUGAAUCUGUGAACCUCAUUUUCUGUAACAAGACCCCAACAAAUUGCUUAUGAAAUAUCAAUAAAGAACAAAGUUUUAUUCA